UAUUUAUUAUAAAUGUCAUAGUGUCGCAGAAGUCGCGUUGAAGUAAAAAGCAGAAUGGUGCUGUCAUUGGAUCGCUGGGUAGGCAAAGUUGCUGUCGUAACGGGAACCAGUGCCGGAAUUGGUGCUGCAGUGGCGGAGGCGUUAGUAAAAAGGGGAGUUAUAGUCGCCGGACUGGCUAGACGAAAGGAACGCACGGAAGAGCUUUCUAAAAAAUUGACAGGCGAAAACGGAAAAUUACACGCGGUAAAAUGUGACUUAACCAAAGAAGAAGACAUCUUAGAAGCUUUCAAGUGGGUUAGAGAAAAUCUUGGACCGGUAUCUAUACUUGUCAACAACGCAGGAUUAGGGCAGGCCACCACUCUGAUAGAUGGGGAUCUCGCGAAAUGGAAAGCUAUAAUAGAUACGAACGUUCUUGGUCUUUGCAUUGCCACAAGGGAGGCGAUUAAAGACAUGAAAGCUAACAACAUUGAAGGUCACGUAAUUCACAUAAACAGUGUUGCAGGUCACAGGGUCGUAUUCAUUCCAGUUUCGAACGUGUACCCCGCUAGCAAAUUCGCCGUUACGGCUCUCGCGGAGACAUUGAGACACGAGAUAAAUAACCAGAAUCUUAGAAUCAAAAUAACUAGCGUUAGUCCUGGAUUCGUAGAAACAGAAAUUAUUCAAGCCAGCUUUGGAGAUGCACUUGACACAAGCGCUCUCGAUCUGACCUCUGCACUCCAACCUGAAGAUAUUGCCGACGCUGUUCUAUACGCACUGUCCACACCUCCGCAUGUACAGGUUUCCGAGGUUACGGUUCAACCGGUAGGAGAGAAAUUUUGAGAGCGACGAAAAAAUCUGCGUUCGUUAUUAACGUAUCCCUUUUGUUAUAUUUGUAAUUUGUAAGGCCUUUUUUUACCUGUGUGCCUAUUGUACUAUUGUUUGUUACUAAAUUAUAUAAAUUCUAACUUG